CCUCGACUUCGUGCAAAGUUUGAGAAAAUGUCCUCAGAAGGAACAGUAAGUAUAAUAGGGAGUGAGGUGAUGCCCCUAGACUAUGGGAGCAUGGACUCAAAGAGUAGUCCAUCGCCAUCUAGUUCGGAGAAGACGGUGGAGGGGGUGAGAGGAGAUGAGGUGAUAGAGGUGGGGGGGGAAGAGGUGGCAGAGGUUGGGGGCAAUGAGGUGGUAGAGGUUGGGGGAGAUAGCAUACCCAUAACCGUAGUAGAAGUAGAAGGUAGAGGAGAAAGGGACUAUGAUGUAAAUGCAGAGAUAGUGGAGGAAGUAAAACAGUAUAGAUCCGAACUAAGGACCAAGGAUAGCCUAGGUCACUUAGUGGAAAAUUACGAGAUCUCGUCUCGAGUGUUAGUUAGACCAGCCGGGGUAGAGAAGAGAGCGUGUUCUGCUCCUCGGGAUCAUUGGAUGCCCAUAUAUUCCCACUAUCUGAUAGCGGGAUUAAGGUUUCCAAUUCAUGAGUUGCUAGUAGAUGAUACAGAGUGGGAGAGGGGGGAUGCCGAGGUGAGGGAGUUAGCAUCCUGGAAGGCCAAAAAAGCCAACCAGAAUAGUGCACAAUGCAUAGAAGCUGCUGAGCUCUAUGGGCCAAGUGCUUUAAGUGAAGUUGAAAUGGAUCAAUUUUUGAACACUGCUGGAGGAGUGGCUAUCCCUAAGAAGCCAAGGAAGAAGUCAAAGACUUUAACCAAGCAAGUGGAUGAGGGGAGGGCCAGAAAAGAGGUAAUGCCCGCGACUUUAGCUGAGACAGAGGAGGAGGCGCCGCAGCUGAAGAGGAAGGGUUGGGAGGAGAGGAGGGCACUGCAGAAGAAGAAGAAGGUGGUGAAGGAGGAGGAGAGGGGGAAUGAGUUGGAGGAGGGGGCUGAGGUACGAGCUCCUGGUAAGGGAAAGGGCCCUGUUCCCCCAGUGGCGUCUCAAAGCAGCCUGUUCGAACCUAAGAACAUGACAGGGGCUAGGUGGUUCAUCAACAGCACCUUCCCCGAAGUGGACAAACGCAACGCGCGGGAUGAGGCUCUAAGAUAUGGCGGAGCAUCUGUUGUGAAGCACGUUUUAGAGAAGGAGAAGGAGGAGCUGGAGAAGAAAAAUAAAGAACUGCAAGAGUCGCUAAAUGAGGUGGUUCCAACUGUGAAGCAGUUGGAACAGGAGAGGGCUUCUUUGAGCACCAAGCUCGUCUUUGAGGAGAGCAAACGAAGGAUCUCUGAAAGCGAGCGUGAGACUCAGGCACAAGAAAUAAAGCUGAUGAAGGAGGCUUUCGUGGAGCUGAAGGAGAAUGUGCAGACCUUGGUGCACAAUGGGAUGAAGAAGCACAUCAGCAACUUCAUCAGCUCCAGCUCAUUUGACAACAUCGUCAACUUGUACUGGCUGCCUACUGCCAUCAUUGCGUUCACAGACUACAAGAAGAAGGCGAAGGCAGAAUAUCUCGAAGUGGAUAUUACAAAGAUCACCUUCGGAGAGCAAGAAGAAGGAGUGGAGGAAGACGGUGAGAGCAUGUCAGCAGACUUCCGUCCUCAGAUCAAACUGAGGUGGGAGCAUGAUGCAAACGGACGUGCUGUUUUCCCUCCGCAGUUCGACUUUGAGUUCGUUGCAGUGGAGGAAGAAGGGGCAGAGGUAGAGGAAGACGAGGUGGAGGCAGGAGUAGAGGGAGCUGAAGUGGAUGAGAGCCAACCAGUUCCAGAAGUGGAGAUUCAUCCAGUUCCUUCCGACGAUGAGCAGCCUCCUUUGCCAGACGAGCAGCAGCCAACACAGAUAUAUAUCUAUAUAUAUAUAUGAGACAAAGUAAUGGUCCAUAAUUAUGAUUGUGU